AUGUGGUUUUUCAGGAGAAGGCUUCCUAAAAUUCCCAGAGCCUUCAUUUGGCUCAUUGUUUUAACACACUUUUGCAUCUUCAUUGCUAGUUUCAGCUCCUUGUUUGGCCUGUCGAAGACAAGGAUUUUCAGGCAAUUGAGCAUUUUCCAACGUGCCCCAGAUAUGCUACAAGUGGACACCCAAGAGCAACAGGGUUUAAGUGAUUCUGAUAAUGGGAACUCAGGGAGCUUUUUAAAGGUGACUUUGGCGAGAGACAUCACAAGGCUCAAACAAGAUAUGGUUGAGAGGACACCAAGAUGGGAAGGAAAGGAGGAGCAGAAGAAAAGGACAAAGCCAGUUGCCAGGGGGGAGGAAGCCAAGGAGAACAUGACUGUGAAACCACCCCCCAGGUUGGAGGGAAUCAAGAAGACAACAGUGAAAACAGCCCCUAGGGCGCAGGGAAACAAGGAGAAAACAACAGUGAGACCAGCCCCAGGGGUGGAAGAAGCCAAGGAAAAGACAACAGUGAAACCACUUCCAGGGGUGGAGGGAGCCAAGGAGAAGGCAACAGUGAAACCAUCCUCUGGGGUGAAGGGAGCUCAUGAAAACAACAUAUCCAAAGAUGAAACAAAGCCAAAAGAGCCUCCUGCAUCAGUGAAAACUGUAAGACCUGUUCCUCACGUUGCUACAGCGACAGAAAAGAAGAAACUGAGGGCUGCUGACUUCAAGUCUGAGCCGCGGUGGGAUUUCGAGGACAAGUACCUGCUGGACAACUCGUCUCCACCAUCGACCUGCUCUGAAUCAGUGAAGGCCAAAGCUGCCAAGUCUGUCUGGCUACAAGAUCUUUUCCUGCCCAACAUCAUGCUCUUCACAGAUAAGAGAUACUUCAGUGACAGUGAGUGGGACCGCCUGGAGCAUUUUGCACCUCCGUAUGGCUUCAUGGAGCUGAAUUAUUCACUGGUGGAAGAGGUCAUGUCCCUGCUGCCCCCGAAUCCCCACCAGCAGCUGCUCCUGGCCAACAGCAACAGCAGCAUGCCGACAUGCAUCAGCUGUGCUGUCGUGGGGAAUGGAGGAAUAUUGAAUAACUCUGGGAUGGGCCAGGAGAUUGACUCCCAUGACUACGUCUUCCGGGUGAGCGGGGCUGUAAUCAAAGGUUAUGAAAAAGAUGUGGGAACAAAAACCUCCUUUUAUGGGUUCACAGCCUACUCCCUGGUGUCCUCUCUCCAGAUCUUGGGACACAGAGGAUUCAAGAACAUCCCGCAGGGAAAACAUGUCAGAUACAUUCACUUCCUGGAGGGAGCUAGAGACUAUGAGUGGCUGAAGGCUCUUCUGCUGAACAAGAACAUCAGGAAAGGAUUCUUGAACCACUAUGGGCAGAGGCCCCGGGAGAGAUUCGAUGACGAUUUCACGAUGGACAAAUACCUGGUGGUUCACCCUGAUUUCCUCAGAUACAUGAAAAACAGGUUUUUAAAAUCUAAAAGUCUGGAAAAGCCUUACUGGCGGCUGUACAGACCCACAACGGGGGCCUUCCUGCUGCUGACUGCCCUCCAUCUCUGUGACCGGGUGAGUGCCUAUGGCUACAUCACGGAGGGUCACGAGAAGUACUCGGAUCACUACUAUGACAAGGACUGGAAACGUCUGAUUUUCUACACUAACCAUGACUUCAACCUGGAGAAGCAGGUCUGGAAAAAGCUUCACGACGAGAAUAUCAUGAAGCUUUACCAGAGGUCCUGAUUGUGUGGCAAGUGCCAUUGCCUGGGAAAUCUCAACAGCACCUCACUGGGAACAGAAGAGGACCACCAGAGCCAAAGUUAGCUCUGGACUUCCAGGCACAUUUCAUCCCCACAAAGAUAUUUCCCUCCUUCAGCACCUCUAUUCUCUCACAGCGUUUCUAUGAAUGCGCAAAUGCUACAGACCCGGAGAAGAACAGUAAGAAGAUGCAGCACACCAACAAAGUAGUCCCAUCUGGCUAUGCGCAAGACUGUUGCUGAUGGUUGUAGGCACUGGUGUUGGGAGAGAAGAAUCCAGGAUGGAUCUGGGUAGCUGUAUGGUCCAGUGUCCUGCAUCUUCAUCCACGUUUUCUCUCUUUGCAAGGAGAUGCUCCUCAGGCUGGGGCUACUUCACUUCUGGGUGGAUCCUCUCCAUUAGUGGUGUCCAUCUUGGAGUUGGGUGUAUUGUCUAAGCAAGCUCCCUCGGCAGCCAGCGGAUGGAGGUGGACACACAGAUCCUGUCACAGGUUGACUUAAUUCCUGGAGGUGCUGCUCUCACUCUGCUCCCUGCAGAUAAAAAGGAUGGACUGAACACUUCCAGGUGACUAAUUUGAGAGAGGAUGAGUCUCAUUUCUGCUUCCCCAUGUAGCCUUGUCAUGACACCUCUGAAGGAGCACCACCAUCAGCUCAAGGGCAGGUAGAUGCUUUCCAUGGUGCAGCAGGUAUGCCGGACUUGGUGCAUCUUGCUCUGGGGCUCCCCUGGCUGCAGGACAUGUGAACGUUUUGUCGUGGUCCUGGUGUGCCAAGUCCUUGCUUAGCUGGGCUUUGGCAUGCUUGGCACCCAGCUGUGCCAGGAGCGCUGUGUUUGCUCUCUUGCCAGGGGAGGUAGGAGCUCUCCAAGUCCAGGGAUGGAUGCUAUCUGUCCUUGCUGCCGGCUGGAGUGCCUGUCCCCCAUCGCACUGAGAGAGGAGCCUGGUUGCAGCCAUCGAGCCUGCAGCGUAUUGGCCUCCUGA